AUGUCCCAAAAAGAGAUCAUGGACCUAAAGAAAGAGCUCGAGUUCCGCCGUCGCCAAAUCGUCAAGCUCGAGCAAGAACUCAAAAUCCGCGACGAGCGCAUCAUCGAGCUCGAGCACUCCAACAGAAAAUUCGAAGACGAGAACCGCCAAGCCCACACAACUCUCGUAAACUUCGACAAAAUAGUUGACGACCGUGCUCAAAAAGCUGCUGUCCUCGAAAAAGAAAAAUUCCGCAAACUAAUUGACGAAGUCACAGCUAAAAAUGAAGAACUCCGGCGUGAAAACGACCGUCUGCAAAUAGACCAAAAACUGCUUAAAGACAAAGAAAACGAAAUUGAAUUCUUAACCAGCAAACUUAAAGAAGUCGCCGAAAGCCAAGGCAACACUGACGCUUUCAAAGACAUCCGCGGCGAAAAAAAGGACAAUUUAGCCUUGAAGCGAGAAGUAGAAAAACUGACUAAGGAUUGAACACUUUUAAGUAACCAAAUGCAAGACAUCAUGUCAGAAAAUCGAGUGCUUAGAGAAAUGACGGGGGUGCCUGAAAAUUAUGGGUUUAAUUUACAAGAAAUCAAGCUUGCAGAAAAGCAAAAAAUUGAAGAAUAUAAAGGAAGGAUAAGGAGGCUUGAAGAAGAAGUCGAAGAAUUAGAAAAAGAAAGGGUGGAUUUGAGGUAUAAAUUGAGGAAUUUAUCGACACUUUAUGGAGAAAAAGGCUUAAGGUUCCACCAAUUGACUGCUGAACAAAUGAGGAUGGUCGAUGAAUUUGCGAAUAAUUUAAGGGAAGGGAGGGUAGAACUGCCGCUAAAUGAUAGAUCUAAAGAGCUUUUAAAUGAAAUUGAGAGGCUAAAAGCACAGUUGCAGAUACUGGAAUCUCAUUCGUUUGGGACCAAAUCUACUGAUAACGGCCUUUCUGAGCAGAUUUUAGAACAAAUUCGCCUUGAAAACAAAGAGCUUAAAGACCUUUUAAUGAAACUUUUUUCAGGGAUGACCCCUACUACUGAAGAAAGAGCCACCAUUUCUCGACAUAUAUUGCAGCUACCACCUGUCCCAAUUCCAGACCCUAUGGGAGAAUUCCAUGAAGGCUACUCCUACAGAUUCGGCGGAAAACUCCCAGUCGCUGAAAUCUGGACUGGCGAGCCUAAAAGAGACCUAUCAGCUUUACAGCUUCAAAUUGUAGAGCUGUUAGAAAUGAUUUCAAGAAGAGACGAAGACGACAAACUCACUGCAAUCGAGUUAGAAGAAUUCAGAAAUAAAUUAAGAGAAAUUUUACUAGUCCAAGAAGAGCUCUAUAAACAAUAUUCUAUAGAAAACUUAAGGUGGAAAGAAGACAGAAACCAUCUACAAAAUCAGUAUGAAACAGCUUUACAAGAACUCAGAGAAGCCAGAGCACAGGUAGGGGUUUAUGAAGAUAUGGCAAAAACUAUACAAGAUAACAGUGUUGGCUCUGAGAGGGCAAAAGUUGCAGAAUAUGCGACCAGAAUUGCACUGCUAGAAGUAAAUAAUUUGAGAUUGGCAAGAAAAUAUGACUGUUUACAAAGUGAAGAAAAAGAUUUGAGGAUGGCUUAUCAUUCAUUUGAGUCAGAACAUGCUGAAAAAGAUGUACUGGUACAGAAGAAAAUAGGAAGACUUAAAGAGUGGAGGGUUUCUGCUACUUAUCAGCUGCAGUUUUUGUUUAAACAGCUUAGGCAAUCUGUACAAAUAGACAGAUAUGAAGCUAUAGAACAUCAGCUUGAUAUAGCUCAAGAAAAAUUAGCAGAUUCUAUUGUAAAAGAAGCAGACCUUUAUAAGCGGCUUUCUAAGUAUGAAAAUAUGGAACGUGAAAAUAUCCAGCUUCAUGAAAAAAUCAGAAAUUAUGAUGACUUAAAAAUCGAUAUGGACGCUGAGCUUGAUAUGGUUUCCCGCCGCCUUGAGUCUUAUGAUCCUUCUUUUCGCCUUGAGCAGGCUGUACUUCGACGUGUGGUCAGCCAUCUUAAAUCAAAAUUCAUAAGCCCAGAAACUGCUUUUAACCUUUUUGAUAAAAAUAAAGAUGGAAAAAUCACAAAGGACGAGUUUAGGUCUGCCUUGGAAAAUAUUGGAAUAAAACUGAUGCCAGCUGAGGUAACGGCUGUGCUGAGGUCUAUUGAUGUGGAUUUAGAUAACACUGUAAAAUAUACUGAAUUUAUUAGAAAAAUGAAAAUAUAUGGGGUGCAGUCGAUGACUGAGGAGCAGCAAAUAAUCCAAGUGAUAUAUCAAGCUGUGAAGAAGCUGAACUAUACACUUUAUGAUGUAUUCUGUAUUUUUGAUAGAGAUGGAGAUGGGCAAAUUACUAGAAAAGAGCUUUUGGAUUCUUUUACUAUGCAUUUCUAAAUAAAUCUGCUAUUUAUAGGAAAAAAUCAUAAUUAUUUUAGCUUAAAUGCUAUAGCAUAAUUUCGAUUUAGGCUUAACAGUCAACCAAAUCGAAAAAGUAAUGAAAUUAAUUGACACAAACAAAGACGGUCUAAUCGAAUUUUCCGAGUUUUCCAAAGUUUUUGAAAGAGAAUUAGAGCUUAAGCCUCAAGAGAAAAAAGCAAUGUCAGCAGACUGGAAAGAUGAGCUUAUAGCCAGAAUUAAUGACACAUUAAGAAAGGUAGGAAUGGACUUAUAUCAAGCUUUUUCUGCAUUUGAUACAAAUCAUGAUGGGAGAAUCAAUAGAGGAGAAUUCAACCAGACCUUUGCGAGGAUGAAUGCAGGGCUAACAAGAGAACAGCUGGAUGAGCUGUGGAACUCUAUGAAUAGUGAUAGAGAUGGCUAUAUCAGUGUAGCAGAAUUUAUUACACAGUUUAAGAGCAGCACAAAGGAAAGGGAUUCUCAAAUACUAUAUAAAUUCAAUUUAAUUAAGGGCCAUUUUUUAUAUAAUUAAUAGCGUAUUUAUCAUAAAAUUAAACAUAGGAAAUAAAAAAUAAAUAAAAAUCACCAAAAAGAGAUUAAUUAGAGAAGCUGAAGAAGCGGUCAGAAAUGACCCAGAAUAUUCAUAUGGAGGUGGAAGAGGAGAUAGAAGACUAGUUGCCCUAUAUGAAGCUAGAGAACAAGCUGCACAGAAUAAAGUAGAAAGAUACCAAGUAAGGAUGAAAAACCUAGAAACUUCUUUAAGUGAAGCAGAAAAGCAUAUAGAAAUAUUAGAAGCCAAAAAUAUAGACCUGACUAAGAAAUACCACAUCAUGAGAGAAGAAGACGCCACUAAUAAGCAUAGGCUAGCUAAUACUGUCAGCAAAGCUGAAGCUGAACAAUUAAAACAAAAUAAUGAAAUUUUGCAAAAAGAACUAUCAUUUUUUUCUAUAAAAAUACCUAUAAAUAUAAAAAAUCGUAAAAAUAGCAUAUUUAUUAUGGUAAAAUAUAGCAGAAGCAAGAGCAGCUAUGAACACUUAUAAAUCAUUAGUACAAGUAUCUGCAGACCACGUCCGAGCUUUACAGCUGAGCAUUGAAAAGCGAAAAGACGAAAUCGACACUUUCCAAAGAGCUAUAAGAGAGAUGCAAGCUGAUAACGCUGAAGCCGCCACAGUCGGAAAACUUUAUCACCAAGUGAUGGUCUCCCGCUGGUCAGAAGCCUCCGCAAAUAGAAAAUACGACAGUCUUCUAAACGAAGCCAGGAACCUUCGAGCUGAAGCUUUCCGUCUUGAAAACGAAACCAUGGAAAAAGAAAAAGGAAUUUACGACCUCCAACAAGUCCUGACUGAAAAAAUUGCCAAUUAUGAGUCCCAAAUCCGCGAACUCAAGCUAAAAUCUGAGCACAACAUAAGCCUCGAUAAGGCAAAUGAGUUUAUUUCUCAAAUCAGAGACCUCGGGGAAAAGAAAAGUGAGCUAGAAGACGAAACCCGAAGGCUCCGAGGCGAACUUUUAGACCUAGAAAGCAAGUCAGAAGAAGCCAAAAUCAUGAAAAACGCAGCUGAAGAAAUAUACCAGCUUAUAAAAACAGGCAGCUCUGACGAUAUUUCUGACCGACUUGUAGAGAUGGCUGAAAGAAUGAGCCAAUUGAGGCUCAAUGAGCUUAAAGCUAAGCGUGAAAUGGGCCAUAGUAAAGAAAAAGAAGAAUACUAUGCAAGAAUCCACGUUCAAGAUAUGGACAAUAUAAGGACUUUGGAACAAGAAGUAGCAAGAUGGGAGUCAGUUUUAGCCAAAAAAGAAGAAGCGUGACGCAAAAAAGACGACGAACGACAAAAAAUGCUGCUGAACCCCAAGUUCCAGAUCCACACUUCUGAUGGUUUUCAGCCAAAAAUCACACCUGGGGAGGUAAAGAAAAAAGAUGACGAUAUUGCUACACUAAAAGAACAGCUGAGGAUCGCAGAAAAUACGAUAAAAAUCAGAAAUGAACAAAUAAACCAUUUAACUGCUGUAAGAAAUGAAGCAGAAAGAGCAGGAACUGGGCUGACUCAGGAGAGCAGGACAAUAUUUUCAAGAGAAGAAUUAAUAAAAAUUACAGGGGAAAAUGAAGCUGACCAACUAGCACAAGCGGCAAAUGCGACUAUAAAGACACUGAAUGAAAUGAUUGAUAAUAAAAAUGCACAGUUGGAGAGAAAAGAAGCACAAAUACAAAAAUUGCAACAAGACCUUGUAAGGGCUCAACAAGAGUCAGUAAGAGAAGCCCAUAGACUGGCUGAAGAGCUGCAGACUAGGACAACAGGGGCUAUGGCAAACUUACAAGGAGCCAUUAAUGCGUCUAAUAUAAGGUCAAGACCGUCAAGCAGCUAUAGGCCAGAUCUUGAUGUAUUGCUUCAAGACAGGGAUUCCCGCUUGAACUAUCUGAUUGGGCAGCUUAAAGGGGCAGAAAAAAUAAAAGAGCAAAAUGAAAGGCUUCUAAACCAGCUUAGAAAAGAACUAGAAGACACCAAAUAUGAACUAAAUAUAGAAAAAGCUAAAAACACUGGAGAAGGCUACAAAAAAGAGCUUGAGCUCGCCAAAAAGCAGCUGCAAAUUAAAGACAAAGAACUUCAAGGACUCAAAAAAAGUUUAGCUGAGCUCAAAGACGACCUCUUAAAAGCUGCAGAAACCAACGAAGUCAAAGAAAAAGACCUACGCGAAAAAGCCCUCAGAGAAAACUCUGACAACUCAGUCAUAGCCCAAAACAUGGCGAAAGCCCAACAAAGGAUCGAAACUUUGACCAAACAAAUGAAAGAAGCCAGAGAAGAAAUAAACCGUCUGAAAACAGAAAAAAUAGAAGUCGCAGAGCGAGAAACCAAAGCAAAAGAAGAAAACAAGAGAAUUGUGGACAACCAGAUGAAAAAACAAGAAAUGCUGAAUAAGCUUAUGAAAGAAAAUAAUGAGCUGAAAAAAAGAAUAGAGGAACAUAAAGAACAGCCAGUAAGGGUGCAAGAGGCCCCCAGUAGGUAUACGGCCAAUCAGACAGCAGAUAUAAAACAGCUAAGAGAGACUAUAGCAAAUUUGGAAAAAGAAAAAAAUAAAAUGGCGAAUCAGCUAGAAAAAUUAAAUACCAAAGCAAAACCGAUCGAGAUUGAGCCAGCAAUGGAGAAUUUUAUAAGGAGGUUUGGGAAUAUGCUCAAUAAUAAGAGAAUGACUUUAGAAAUGCUAGCUGAUGGACUGAAAAAGAUAGCGGUAGGGGUGUUCAGAAGGAAUUUAAAUGACAAAAGAGUAGGGCUGAGUGAAGAAGAGACAAAUUUAUUGAUACAGUUUUCACAGCAGUUUGCAGCAGCUGCUAUGAAAACAAGAGAAGGAGGUGAAGAACCAGGAAUUGCAAUUAAAAAGCUUGACAAAGCUAUAAAAAAUGUAAUUGCAAGCCCUAUCAAAUCUGUAAGACCAUCCGAAAUAGAAAGGUACCUUAUCUUCUAAAUCCAAUUUUUAUUUCCCGCUAUAAAUAUUAUAUAAAUAUUCAUAAUAAAUUAUUAUAAAAAAGCAAACGACACAAGACCCCAGGCUUCUUUAGAAUCCCAACGCGAUGAACGAAAAUUCGAAAUGCUGAACAAGCAAAUCAGCAUGCUAAAAGCUGAGCUCGAAACCAAAGAAAAACAAAUCGCUCAUUUUGAAGGCCUCACCCGCAAGCUCGAACAAGAAAAACAAGAAAUUUCUAAACGCAUCGAAAUUCCAGCAGAAAAAAUCCAAGAACCAGUCACUUUUAGCCAAAUUUCUGAAAUGGAAGCAAUGCGAAAAGAACUUUUUGAGCUCCAGCAGCAAAAUAUGGCUCUACAAAAGCGAAUCCAAGUAACCAUUCAAAGUGAAUGCAAAAAGCUGCAGCAUGAUAACCAUAUUUUGCAUGAAGAAAAUAAACAUUUUAAAGUAGAAAAUAUGAGUUUACAGUCACAAUUGGAGAAAUUAAGAGCAGGGAAAAUAAAAAGUGUAGAAGGGCUCAGGGAAGAUGAGGUCUAUGAGCUUAAUAUGAAGGUAAAAAGACUUGAAGAGGUCUUGGAGGAAAUUUCGAAAAAAGAGCUUGAAGAAGCUGAAAAGCUGCUGGAAGUUGAGGCGGAAAAUUUGGACAUGAAAUUCGAAAAAGAGACGCUUAGUUUGCAGUUGGCAAGACUGCAGAGAAGGAUAAAAGAAUUGGAGCAGUUCAAGAAUGCAGUUAUUAAAGAAGGGCUGAAGGUAAAAGAUGAAGAGCCACAGACGGUAAAGUUUGCAGAUGUUGGAGAAGCAGAAGUGAGAUCAACAUUUAUGGAAGGACCGACAAGGUCAACAAAAGAGCUUGAACAAGUAAUAGAUUCUUUAAGAAAUGUGAUUGACAAGCUAAGAGCAGAAAAUGACCUGCUGAAAAGAACUAUGAUGGCCACUCCAAAAGAAGAAGAAAGAGCUAACUUCAUAUUAAAAAUUUUUUUUAUAUAAUAAAAAUAAUUAAAUUUAUUUUUAAAACAUUUAUUUUAAAUAAAAAAGAGUAAGAAUGAAAAAGUCUUGACAAUGAAAGUCACAAACUUAGAAGAAGAAGUCAAAGAAUUGAGGCUGAGAGAAGAUAUUAAUAGAGAUUUAGAACAAAAACUGAAAAGGGUUAAUGAGGCUAAUGAAACACUUCGAAAAGAUAUGGAAAAAGAAAUCCAUCUUAUGGAUGAAGCAGACAAAAAAUAUAGAUCGCUCUUUAUGCAGUAUGAGCUUCUGCAAAGAGAUAAUGACAGGCUUAGGAGAGCAUUAGAUGAACUAACAUAUCGAUAA